AUGGACUGGUUCAGGACAGCCUUGGUCGAGAUCAACAAAAAGAAGAUAAAAGAUUGCGCCUUUAACGAAGAUGUAGAGCAAAGCACUAAUUGUCCUCUUGAGCCCUCAGAGCAGUCAAGCUCAUUUCUGGACAUCGAUAAGUUCAUGGAAGGGUUGCUGGAAACAAUCGAACCUUCACUCGAAGCACUACUCUGCAUUCCCGACAAUUCGUUGAACACGGAGAAAAGUGUGAACGAUGAUCAAGUUCAGAACUUGAAACGGUUUGAUGCAAGAGACUUCAGCAGAUGUAUGUCCUUUGGAUCUAAUCUCUGA